AUGAUAGUCUACGGGCCGGCAGCCUACCUAACCAAACUGUGUCUCCUUUGGAUCAUGACACGGGUCUUCCACCCUUUCCGCAAGGCAGUCAUCUUGAUCUAUAUCUUUCUCGGCCUGAUGCUAGCCUACUACAUUCCGGCUUUGAUUGUCAAGAUCUGUAUCUGCAACCCCAUAUCGAAGUUCUGGGCCCCGGCCACUCCGGGUAGCUGUCUGAAUCAAUCCAAGAUCACGCUGGCAGAUGCAGUGAUCAGCGUCGUCAGCGAUCUCAUUAUCCUCAUCAUUCCAGUAGCAAUAGUAUCGACAUUACAUCUACCGACCCGAAAGAAAGUCCGCGUCAUAGCCCUCCUCAGUGCGGGGGGACUCGCCUGCGCAUCCAGUAUUGCCCGACUAGUCUUGAUCGUGAGUACUGCCAAAUCUCAGGACAUCACAAUGUCCUUCAUGCGCAUCAACAUGCUCGGGUAUACCUUCUCCCUCAGCGUCAGCCCUCAAUCAAAUCCAACUAAUCUAGUCAAACUAGAAACGCCGAAAUUUCCCUAG